AUGGAACUAUAUGGGCCAACACACGUUCAUUUCAGUCGCGUCGCUGUCUUCCGUCAUCGAACACCGUCUUGCUUGUCGUUUUCGCGCUUCACUUUAUCGAUUCAACUAGUGGGUCACUCGGGAAUUGGCAUCCACACUAAUGCACUUCACGAUGCCAAAAAGAACACGGUAGCCAUAUUUUCGAUGCACAUACGAUUGCAUGUAGGCCAC